GUUUGAGAUUGAGAUUGGCGUCAUUGCGCCUGGCCUUGCCUUAUCCAUGGCCAUUUCUUAUCGGAGAUCAGAUAAGCAAGCGCAGCAAGCCACUUUCGCAUCAUGCAUCGCGACUUGCUGCAGCUGCUCCAACCCAUGCCCCGAACCUAGCUCUGUUUUUGACGAUUGCAAGCCCCACAACAUCUCGAAACGGUCUGCGCAUACUUGUAUACCCCGAUAACUUCACCGACCAAGUCGACAAUACCAGUACCAACCUGCGGCUCCAUCAGCAUGUCUAAGCAACAGCGCAAGGGUCGGAAUCAUGGUCACAAUCGACAGCCAUCAGGCCGCGCGCCACUCACAUCUGACUACGAAUCCGACACAUUCGCAGGUCAAAACAAUCUUGCCACCGAAGGCUCCUAUGCGCCUCCUCCACCGACACGCACAAACACCGAGCUCAAUCUUGCUGUGCUCCGCCGCUACCUUCCCAGCAUAAACAGCAUCAAUAGCAUUGCAGCCAACGCCGUCUUAUACACAUUCAACGAAGAUGGGAAAUGGGACAAGAGUGGCGUGGAAGGCACCAUGUUCACCUGCACGCAGGAUCCUCUGCCGACAGACCAUCUCCAACGAGCGCGAGCCUGUCUAUUCAUUCUCAACCGCCGCGGGUUGAGCAACCUGGUGAUCGAUCUGGGCGAGGUCAAGGACAUAGAAGUCUCGGGCGAGCUCACCAUUCUCACGGUGGGCGAGGAAUGGCAAGGUCAAGGCGACAAGACACUGGGAGUAUGGCUGCACAACGACGAAAGCCAGACGAGAAGUAUCAACCAGGAAGCAAUAAGGACUAUAUGGGAGUAUGUCAGAGCGAACGGUCCGGUCGGAAAGGGAGAUGUCGAGGCUGGGGCGGCCACGCAGGCUAUUGGCGGCUCGGGUCUGAGCGUACACGAUCUCUUCAAAGCUCAAGGUGCCGCGCAAGGAGUUCAAUAAUAGCUUUCAUGAGUCAUUAAUAACACAAGCGAACGUUGGCAGCAUGUGCCAACAUCAACCAUCAUUAUCCAUGCAAUUGGUACAACAGCAAAACCCUCCCGCUUGGCUCAGACGGUGCCACUGAUGCUCAACUCCCGAAUCUCCUGUAACACCUGCUCCACCCUUGCGUCGAGAUGUCCCUCUGCAUACUGGUCUCUCGUGUCCGCGUCCAGGUACUGUUGAAC